AUGUGCCCAGAUCACGUUAUUAAUGUAUGGUAUACCCACAACGGCGAACGAGUUGGGACAUAUAACGGACACAAUGGAUCAGUAUGGACUGUAGACGUAGAUACACAAUCAAGAUUUUUGCUAUCUGGUGCAGCUGAUAACAUGAUGAAACUAUGGGAAGCAUCUACUGGGAAGUGCCUUUACACCUGGGAGUUUCCGACCGCUGUGAAACGCGUUGCAUGGAGUGAAGACGAUAAACAAAUUCUGUGUAUUACUGAGCAACGAAUGGGGUACCAGGGAGCAAUCCGAGUAUUCAACAUCAACAGAGAAGACCCAAGCAACCAGGACGCGGAGCCUUAUUCCGAGUUCAACCCAGUAGGCUCAAAAGCCACCGUCGCAGCCUUUUCUUAUGACAACGACAUUAUCAUCACCGGACACGAAUCCGGAAAGGUUGCUGCCUUUGAUGUUAAAGCCGGAGAAGAGGUCAACUCCAACCAACGAGCGCACUUGGAGCCUGUAACCGACUUGCAAAUGUCUUCCGACAGGACAUAUUUCAUUACCAGUAGCAAGGACAAGAGUGCCAAGUUACAUGAAACUAAAACUCUCAACGUCCUUAAACAUUAUGCGACCGAUGGUCCCCUAAACAGCGCAGCCAUUGCCCCUAUAAGGCCCUACAUUCUUGUCGGAGGUGGUCAAGAGGCCAUGAACGUCACAACCACCAGUGCAAGACAAGGAAAAUUCGAGACUAGGUUCUGGCAUAAGAUUUUCGAGGAGGAAGUUGGACGCGUAAAGGGGCACUUUGGACCGAUCAAUACUAUCGCUGUUCAUCCAGCCGGGAUCCAAUACGCUUCUGGCGGAGAAGACGGCUUUGUGCGAUUACACACGUUUGAUGAAAGCUACUUCAAAGCACGGCCGUAUGGAGAUUUAGGUGAACCCGACGAAUGA